AUGGCGUCACGUCGGUACGGACACGAUCGCCACCGUCGACGUCGCUAUGGUGCAUAUGGUAUUCGACGCAUUCGACCACUUUAUGUACUUGUCAGUGGCUUCUUUGUCGUGUAUGUGGUUUUCCUAACUCAUUGGCGUUUUGAGGACGUUUUGAACCUUGAAGGUUUUGCGCCUACGGAACAGUUUAGGAAUCUACGUCAAGUUAUGAAACCGGUGCAAGAUCAGAGAAAGGAAGUCCUCGAUGUGACGAUUGCAGCACUUAUUGAAGAACAGCGACAAAAUGAGGAGCAUAUGCGUCAUCUUGCCGUUCCAGAAGUGCUACCGACGAUAUCGCCAUCUACUGCUGCUCCAGUAGCUCCAAUACUUGCUACCGUCGAAGGAAGUGAAAAGACUAGAGAGAUGUACCAUGUGGUUAAAGAUGAAGAGAUUGAAGUACGUGCUCCAGAGAUGCCAUUGGAGGCGGUAGAAGAGAUGAACAUAAUGCCGGAACAGGCGGAAGCUAAUGAGGUAGCGGCUGAUGUGAAAUUGAUGGUGGAUAAUGGUGCGAUUGAGGAAGUAACGAAACAGGAUGAUUUGGAAAUGGUGUUGCCUGAGUUUGCUGAAAGACAUGAGGAGAUAUAUGGAUACGUAGCGACGAUAGAGUUCUUGGAGAAGUACCAAUACAAUCCGGACGAGUCAUUGUUCCUGUUCUUUGUGUGUAGUGACGAGCAAUUCAAGGCGAACGACUGGUCGGACGAGUGUGUAGAAGGAAAGAAACACGUGUACGACGUGUUUUCAAAGUCCCCAGGACGCAACCGACUUGUAACGGUGUUUGCAGGUUCGGAAAAGUACUGGAGAUAUCAAAAUGAUUUUCACAAUGACCAAAACAUGCGAGUGAAGGGUGUGCCUUGUAUUAUGAAGUGGGAAGGACGCAGUGGCAGGACAGAAGGUAUGCUUGUGCAGCGAUCGCUGUAUGACGAGCCGUUUUUGCGGUAUUUGUUCAAGAAUACGGACCAAGCUGAGGUGCUUUUAGAUCCAGAAGACGUCAAGAACAAGCAGAUACUAACGGUGAAAGGGUACGAUAACUACGUGGAUGCCAUGAUCAAGUAUGAGCAGGAGGAGAACUCAGUCCCUACAUUUUUGAUGAUGGUCUCAGGUCGAUUCCACGACAACAACAGACCGUGGUGUCCAUACUGCCGGUUCUCGGAGUUACCUGUUGAGUACGCUUUCUACAUGUAUGCUCCGAAGAAUGCCCGGAUGAUUCGUGUGGAAGUUGCAGACUCAUACUCGGAUUGGAAAGAUCAAAAUGAAUUUACCCGUGACGAAAACCUGCAGCUUAAGGCUGUGCCUCUGAUGUUCCAGCUUGAUCCGAUUCCGCCUGCAACCGUGAACGACACUAAGUCGAUCAAGUUUACCUUACACAAGAUUCAGUACGACGAAUUGACGCCUUUACGCGAGCUCUUUACAAGUUUGGCAUAG